AUGCGUGCCCAAUUGUCCCUGUUGAGGACAACUCGCGGUGCGCGACCGGGACAGACGCCCUCCUACGUCUGCCGGCAGUGCAGGAGCAUCCAAAUCAGUGCGGCGCCGACGACUGAAGCUCCAAAGGUUGGUGGGGAUGUUUUCGGAGCUCGAGGCACCGCCCUGAGGGACUCGGCCGAUGCCCGCUUCGAGGUCCUCGGCUCGCCCUAUUCCCUCCUCUCCGUCACCCUGUCUGCCUCGCAACAGCUAUACACGAGGAGAGGCACUCUCGUUGCCGUCGCGGGCAAGGCUGAGAAUGCCCAAUCCACACUCUCGAUUCUUUCCCCCUUCACACGAGCCUUCCUCGGCGUUCCUUUCCUCUAUCAGCGCAUUUCCUCCUCGACGCCUCUCACGGCUCUCAUUUCCACAAAGUCGCCAACCACAACGUUUUCGGUCCUACACCUCGAUGGCACGACCGACUACAUGAUCACCCAGCGCAAUGCGCUCCUCGCAUGGACAGGACACACUCUUUCCGUAUCUCCCCGCAUCGCCCGUGGUCUCUCCGUCGCCCACUGGGGAAACACCCACCUUACCGGCCGUGGCCUGGCAGCGCUGUCGUCUCCGGGCCAGAUCUACGAGCUCAACCUUUCCGAGGGUGAAGAGUUCGUUGCCCACCCGUCCCACGUGGUCGCAUAUUCAGUUUCUCGGAACCUCCCUCUCCCCUUCCGCCUCAAGUCCAAUAUUCUGCGCUUCCAGGUCCCAAGCAUCACUGGCCUCCUUCCCGAGACCGAGUUCAUCAAGAACAUGCGAGACACCAGCACCUACAAGACCCUCGCGCGCUGGCUCUUCUCUUUGCGAACAACGCUGCGUCGCACCAUCUGGGGCGACCGCCUGUUCCUCCAAUUCCGCGGACCUACCACCAUCCUGAUGUCCAGCAGAGGCGUCAGAGUCGCUGACUCUCUCACCAACCAGGAAGUCAACGAGAUCGCGGACGCGCCUGCUGGCGUUGCUGCUGAGGCGGUUGAGCUCACCACGAAGCCCAAAGCCGAGGCCAAGCCGCCCGCCUCAGUUGAGCAGGGCCCCUCUGCCAUCCAUGUCGCCAACAUCAGCCGCGAUGGCAAGGUCAACUUUGAGGACGCCAAGGAUCUGAAGGAGUUUGUGAGGUAG